GGGAUCCUCAGCAGCGCCACACGCCCAUGAACUCCGACCGCCGCCGCACCACACAUCACGGAGACCGGCUCCACUCGCGGACACGGUGAACACAGGCGCGCUCGGCCCGGAUCUUGAUGACGACGCUCGGGAUGUGGAGGCUGCAGUGACGGGAGAGAUCAGGGAAGAGACUCCCUCCAGGAGUCCGUGUGUCUGUGCAUCACCUUCAGCUGAGCGAGCAGACACAAAGGGAGAAGCGGGCGGUACCUGAUCUGACCCCUGACUUCAGUGACCUUCAGCAUCUUCACAGCCUCCUUGACCCCGACCCACAAGCCUCACAGUCCCGCCCCUUAGCAUCCGUUACCAUGGCAACAGCCAAGCCCAAAGGGCAGAACUCGCUGGCUCUGCACAAGGUGAUCAUGGUCGGGAGCGGCGGAGUGGGGAAGUCCGCUUUAACUUUGCAGUUCAUGUAUGAUGAGUUUGUGGAGGACUACGAGCCCACGAAAGCGGACAGCUACAGGAAGAAGGUGGUUCUGGACGGCGAGGAGGUGCAGAUAGAUAUUCUGGACACCGCCGGUCAGGAGGACUAUGCAGCGAUCAGAGAUAACUACUUCCGCAGCGGCGAGGGCUUCCUCUGCGUCUUCUCCAUCACCGAAUUAGAGUCUUUUGCAGCGACUGCUGAUUUCAGAGAGCAGAUUCUGCGGGUGAAGGAAGAUGAGAACGUCCCCUUCCUGUUGGUGGGAAAUAAGUCGGAUCUGGAGGACAGGAGACAGGUGAACGCCGACGAGGCCAAAGCCAGAGCGGAUCAGUGGGGCGUGUGCUACGUGGAGACGUCUGCUAAAACCAGAGCCAAUGUAGACAAGGUUUUCUUUGACCUCAUGAGGGAAAUUCGUGCUAGGAAGAUGGAGGACAGCAAGGAAAAGAACGGAAAGAAGAAGGGAAAAAGUCUGGCCAAACGAAUCCGUGAAAGAUGCUGCAUUUUAUAGUGUCUGCGAUCAUUUACUCUUCUCCUUCUGCUUAUGUACCUGUAUGUUCAAUAUUUUUGCGAACUAAUCCUCGCCUGCGAUGUUUCCUGGUGUUAGUGUGUCAGAUUAGAUGAAGGACGGUCUGAUACAGUUGAUUUCAUAGAUCAAUGCUGUAGAGUCCAACUGGAAUCUCUUAAUGUCGAAUCAAUAAUGUUCAAAAGCACAGGACGCUGUUGGUCUGUGUGGACUUGUGUAUGAAAACUUCCUGUGCAAGAAAUAUGAGAGCUUUUUGAUUUGAUUAUGUGUCAGGUUUGUUUAAUGAAUUCUGUUCUCUUUUGUUUGUUUUAAUGGCCAGGUUUCUGUCUGGAUUUAACAUCAGUCUUAAGUGAUCUGAUCUCAAAUAGACAACACAAAAUACAGCUGUUUUGUCAGAUUCUUCUGCUCAUCGAGGCUGCAAUAUUUGAUCAAAAAUACAGUAUAAACAGUUAAUUAUUAUUGCCAUUUAAAAUAACUGUUUUCUGUGUGAAUCUGUGUUAAAGUGUAAUGUAUUUCUGUGAUGCUCCGCUGUAUUUUCAGCAUCAUUCCUCCAGUUUUCAGUGUCACAUGAUCUUCAGAAAUCAGAAUAAUAUGAUGAUUUACUGCUCAAGAAACAUUUCUGAUUAUUAUCAAUGUUGAAAACAGUACAAUAUAUUUGUGGAAACUGUGAUACAUUUUAUUUUUCAGGUUCAACAGAUGAAUGGAAAGUUCAAAAGUAAAAAUCUUUUGUAACAUUAUAAAGGUCUUUAUUGUUACUUUUGAUCACUUUACUGCAUCCUUGAUGAACAAAAGUAUUCAUUUCUUAAAAAAAAAAAAAAAAAAAAUCCUAAAUCUUACUAAAAAUUAAUGUUUGGAUCGCCUAAAAAGGAUGUUAAUACCAGUGUAAAAAAAGUCUUCUUUAGCAGUGUCUCUUAAAGCUAAAAUGAGCGUGUGAGUGUUAUUACUAUAAUGCUGGAUGACUUCAUCUACUUAAUUUACAUAAUUCUUUAUUGACUUAUUGAAAAUAUUAGAGCAAAAAAAAAAAAAAAAGGACAAGCUUUAUUGUUAUAAAAAAAAGUGUUGGUCUGUGGCUAAGCAAUUAGUAAUUGUAGAAAGUUCAGUACACUAAGAAGCGAUGAGAUCUGUGUUACUCCAGUAACUAGUUACAGGUUUGUUAGUUCUUUAAUCACAAGCAUCUUGUCAGAAGCAGUGGGCGAAGGGGAAGUUCCUCUGGUCUCUGGACUUCCUGAUGCCUUGAUGUCCAUCAUGAAUGUGACACUCACCCAUGCUCACUGAGAUGCAUACUGUUUAGUGUUUGGCCAUUUCAGAAUCAGAGGGAGCUAGAAGAACAAGACCGAGGCUCUCGGUGGACGUCGCAGCAUGUUUAAUAAUGGGAUGUGCAUCCUUGCUAUUGAAAGAAGACACAAUGAGUACGAUGACAAUCUGAUGCUUUUCAUAUGUGAUGUGAAAAUCCAAAACAUGGAUUUGGAUGGCUUUUGCGCUCCUGCUCUACAGUUCAAGUCUUAACCAGAGAAAUGCUUUGUCAUUUUAAUGUAUAGCCUAUCGAUCAAGUGAAUUUUUUUUUUUCAUUCUGCUUUUUUAUAUAUGUAUUGUUGAUGUGAAAGCUUCAAAUAAACAUUUUUUUUCUAA